CUGGCAAUCCUUCCAAAGGCUGCCUUCAAGGGCUUCCGAAUCCUUCAAACCAAGAUUGCGUUGUGACCCUCGCUCACACCCUUCGCACAGACUCUUGCACACACGUCCACCCAUUUCAGACCGGAAAUCCUUCGUCGGCUGACAUUAUCUCUCAGCGCCUCAGACUUGCGCAUGUGGCAUUCCAAAGACGAGCCACAUCCAGCACAAGAAGCGUCUAGCAGGUGCACACCGAUCCUUACCCCUCGAAGAACGAGAAAAGAGUCGACACCAUGGCUACACACUCACAAGACCUCAAUGGUCUUGAUCUGGACCAGGUUGUCGUGGCAACUGGCUUUGGAGAGAUCGGACCAUACGGCUCAAGUCGCACAAGAUGGGAGAUGGAAGUCUCAGGGAGCUUCACCAUUGAAGGCUGCAUCGAGCUAGCGUGGAUGAUGGGAUUCAUCAGUUGGACGAAAGGACCUCUCAAGAAUGGCCAGCCUCACGUGGGCUGGGUCGAAGCGAAGUCGGGCGAGCCCAUCUCGGAUGCUGACGUCAAGGCCAAGUACGAGAAGGAGAUUCGAACGCAUACAGGCGUGAGACUACUAGAGCCGGAGCUUUUCCGCGGCUAUGAUCCUCUGCGCAAGACGUUCAUGCAGGAAAUUGAGAUUCUGCACGACCUCGAACCCUUGGAUGUGUCGGAGGAGGAGGCACAAAAGUACAAGAAUGAGCAGGGCGAGAAGGUCGACGUUUGGCCAUCGGCAAGUGGCGGCAUGCACGUUCAGCUCAAGAAAGGUGCUAGAGUCUUGGUACCGCAAUCUGUGAAGUUCUCGAGAACUGUUGCCGGACAGAUUCCUACCGGCUUCGAUCCCAAGCGCUUUGGUAUCCCGGAGGACAUCUGCGCCAACGUCGACCGCUGCGCUCUGUGGACGCUCAUCGCGGUCACUGAAGCUUUAGUGAUGUCCGGCGUGACGGAUCCCUACGAGUUCUACAAGUACGUUCAUCCUUCUCAAGUUGGAACAGCGAUAGGGUCUGGUAUGGGUGGCAUGGAGUCGCUUAGCAAGAUGUUCAAAGACCGAGCACAGAAUCAGGACGUGCAAAAGGACAUCCUUCAGGAAACUUUCAUCAACACUAUAUCGGCUUGGACACAAUUGCUACUCAUGUCCUCAAGCGGCCCGACUCUUACACCGGUGGGUGCAUGCGCCACAGCUUUGCAGUCGGUCGCCAUUGCCGUCAAGGCAAUCCGCAGUGGCCAAGCCAAGAUCAUGCUCGCCGGUGGUGCUGAUGAUUACGGAGAGGAGGGUGCGUACGAGUUUGCCAAUAUGGGCGCAACGGUCUCUUCCGUAGACGAGCUGGCGCGAGGCAGGGAGCCUUCCGAAGCGUCGCGUCCUACCACGUCCAGCCGUUCUGGUUUCUUGGAGAGUCAAGGUGUGGGUGCCCAAGUUCUGAUGUCGGCCGCCACCGCCCUGGAGCUCGGCUGCCCUAUUCAAUCGGUGGUCGCGUAUACCUCUACGCACACCGACAAGCAAGGAAGGUCCGUUCCUGCACCUGGACACGGAGUCCUGGCAGCCGCCGAGCCUCUGCGACGUGCUCUGGCAGAGUGGAAUCUCGAUGGCGACAGCAUUGGCGUCAUCAGCAUUCACGGUACCUCCACGAACGCCAACGACAAGAACGAGAGUCACGUUUAUCACGAGCUUUUGAAGCAUCUUGGCCGCACACCCUGUCAUUCGGUGCCCGUCAUCGCCCAGAAAUGGCUGGUCGGUCACGCGAAAGGUGGUGCAGCUGCAUGGGCUCUGAACGGAUUGAUGCAGUCGAUUCUGACAGCGACCGUACCUGGAAAUCGCAACGCAGACGACAUCAGUGCAGAGCUACGCAAAUUCACGUACUUGCUGUACGCCUCUCAGACUUUGCAUCGAACCCCUGAGGACCUCAACGUCGGACUAGUGACGUCUUUCGGAUUCGGACAAGUCGGCGGCAUUGCGGCAAUCCUGCACCCUGCCCACCUGCUCUCUCGCGUCUCGCAGCAAGAGUAUGAAGCAUACGUGUCGAAGCGCGAGCGUCGUGAAGGCAAGACUCAUGCUCGCAUGCACGCGAUGCUCACUAGCAAUAGUCUGGUACGCAUCAAAGACGCGCCACCCUACCCUGACUCGCUUCAAGAUGCCGUCAUGAUCAACGUGAGCGCAAGAGCCGUUGAGAUCGGUGACUCAUACGGCUUCAAAGCUCCAUUGGCACCCAUGCCAUCCCGAGAUCCCACCAAAACGGCGUCCGCCCAGUCUGGCACGGCCAUUACAAGCACGGCAUCCGACGAUCUAGCUCAGGGCGCAUUAAACGCGUUAGCUGGUAACAUGGCUAGCGUGCAAGGUAUUGGCAUUGAUGCUCAGCAGGUGUCAACAUUCUCCUCCGACGAAGCCUUCCUCAAGCGGAACUUCACGUCAGCCGAGUUAGAUUACUGCAACGCUCAGCCAGAUCCCACUGCAGCCCGAGCUCGCAGAUGGGCAGCGAAAGAAGCCGCAUUCAAGGCUCUUGGUAUCACGGGACACGGAGCCGCUGCCCCUCUGAUCAACUUCGAGGUAGUCUCUAGUCCUCAAGGCCCUUCUUUCAGGCUGCAUGGAGAGGCUCACGACGCUUGCAAGGGUUCGAAACUUUUGCUUUCCAUCACGCACAGCGGCGAUACCGCCGUUGCUGUUGUUCAUCGUGUACCAGCCUGAUGCAACCGCUCGCCUCACCAUUUCGAUCCGCCCACGACUUCCCACAUAGACCGAUGAUUUCUUUGUCACGACACUGACUUCCGCUGAAUACAUCGCUGAUUCAAUGAGCACCCUUGUGCGUAAUCUUGAUCGUACAAGCUUGGUG